CUCUCUUUCGGGCAAAGAACUCCUCAAUGAGGCCUUUAGGUCUUCUCCACACGUUUCUCUCUCCUUCGCCCUCGAUCCCUUCCUUUUUCCUCAAAUUCCACGCCUCCUUCUCCUUGAAGUCCCCGACCUCCACCUUUCGCGCCUUCUCCGACGCCGAGGAGGACGAAGAAGACGAUGAAGAAGAAGACCAAGACUAAGACAACGUUUCUACCGACGAAUACGAUGACGUUUCGGGUGAAGCUUCCAACGAGGCUGACGUAUUCCCUCAAAUUCGACGUCGAUGAGCUCGCCUCAGUCUACGACUUCCGCAUCGACAAGUUUCAGCGGCAAGCGAUACUGGCUUUUUUGAGAGGCUUCUCGGUGGUGGUUUCCGCUCCGACGAGCAGCAGGAAGACGCUGAUUGGGGAGGCUGCGGCAGAAUGUGAGUACUUAUUGACGACUGCUUUUCAUGCAGUGUUGGUAAUGUUUCUUCUAGAAGUGGACUUGUAAAUGUUGAUGUGAUUGUUUUGGACGAAGUUGAUUACCUUAGUGACAUAUCUCGUGGUACAGUCUAGGAGGAGAUUGUAAGCAUUAU